AUGUUUGCCGCUGAAUCUCGGGUGGCUAUUCCAGAUAGCUUUCAAUUGGGCUGUAACUCUGUUUUAGAGUCUUCUGCCGUUCAUUUCAGCAACAAGGUUCUUCUUCAAAUUAGAUUGAACGGCGAGCUUGACACAUGUCUCGAGGUCAAAUCAAAGGGACUUCCCACCAGCAGCUUGCAGACAGGUUCGUUAGGAGAGCAUUUUUCAGAAGGUCAAAGUCAACAGGCAGAAGGCAGCGGCGAAACGUACGAUGAUGAGGAUCUAGAGAACUUCACACCUGCCGAAGACUCACUGUCCAAUUUUCAGAUUUCAACGAGACUGGGGGACUCGAAUGAUAUGAAACUACCAAUUGUGUGCUCCCAAAUCGCGGAACUGUAUUACAAAGCUGUCUUUCCAGCAAAUGCAGACCAACUCCGAGACGUGGCGCCCGUUCGAGAUUUCGUAAUCUCGCUGAGUGCCAAGUUCUUCAGAAAAAGCUCCUCUGACAACGAAUUCCAAACGCUUCUUUUCAUCUUACAAGCGAUCAAGAAUAUGUACCUUUGA